UCAGUUUCCGAUCAGGAAAAACUACUGAAAGAACCAGCUGACAAGGAAGAAGUUCGCCAGUUUCGCAAAGUAAAGGAGAAGAUGUAUCAAGACACAAUGAUUUCUAUCAAAGAAAAAAAGGAGGCUGCCGAGAAAGGAAAUGUAGCGGCAAACCAACCAAUACAAAUUCAGAAUAUUGCGUUGGAAGUGGACGACGAUAUCUUGCUUAAAGAGGACGACGAGCUGAUGAAUGAUAUCCUGCGCCAACUAGAGGAUGAAGCAAAAACCAAGAGGCAGCAGGCACUGAAAGAAAAAAGAGCAAAGAAACCAAAAGUUCAACCGAAAAAUGUAACAGUGGAGUCUGAAACCGUUGCUGCGUUGCAGAAGAAGUCAGGGGAGAUACCAAAGAAACAGGCAGCAAGCAAAGCUCCAGCAAUUGCCCCUAUAAACCAGCGAAAGGUUAACAAUAUCAUGAUGAAACAACUUGGCAAGUCCGCCGCCAAUGAGGCUGAAAUGGUACCAGAAGAGCCGGGAUUAUUCAAAGUUCCAAAAGUUCCUGCUAAAAAGAAGCCGCGGAAGGUUGACAAUAUCAAGAUAAAUGCACUUCCCAAGAUCGCCUCCGAUAAGGCUGGACCAGAAGAACCAGAACUGAACCUAAGUUCCUAAGUAAGUAGCAUUAGCUUUCGUUCCUUAACAAAUGUAUUUCCACUUAGGCCCGCUCUCCCGCUCAGGCAGUUUCCUACAAAGCCUGCCGGUACAAUUGUCCGCGUGCCGCCAGCGCAGUUCGAUCUCUUGCCCAAUGGAUCUCAUGAGUCGACGAUUAUUUACGAAGCCGUACGCGUGGGACAAGUCACAGAUGGCCCCCUUGUACUUGUAGAUGUGGACAAGGCAGGCGAAGUGAACUUCAAUCACGAGGGCGCGGUGAAAAGCCACAAGUAUUAUAAAGGAACGUCGCAAAUGUGAGCUUGGUCAUGGGAAAAGGAUCCCUAAACAAACAAUCAAAGAAACUUCGAAUACCUCCAAGCAGCU